AUGGAUCCUCUCAUUUCAGACCAGCAGGAUGAAGUGCCCACAAGGCUUCCCCCGAUCAUCUCAGAAGAUGGUAAUUAUUCUGUGCACCAGAACAGUCAUGAGAGGUACCAGGAAGCUGUGCGAAAGGUGCUGUUAAAAACGUUCCCCAAUCAGGUCUUCAGAGUCCCUGUGACCGACGCGCAGAACUUCAGUUUCUGGCGGUCCAACAUCCCGGGCGUGCGUCCAGAGAAAGCCAUUCCUUGGAUCAAGACUCCACACCAUUGUCUCAUUAAAAGCCCAAUGACCAGAUAUGUGGACCAUUCUCAUCUCAAUGACAAAACCUUCAGUCUCUACUGAGGAGGGCGUGCUUGCAGGACAGAUGAAAACUGGAAGGGAGGGUGAGGAGGGGGUGAAGAUGGCCACGUCAUGAGAGGAGGAGGGGGAAGAGGGGGGAGAGUGCAGAAUAAAGAAACUGAACUA